AUGGCAGUUCCAAGUAUGGACUUUUCUGAUGUAGAAAGUUUUCUUGACAAACAUCCUGAUCUAUUUGAAGACUAUCUCAACAGGAAAGGAAAACACAGCAUGGUGGAGAAAUGGCUCAAGAGUCACCAGGCAAACAAAACAGUGAAUGCCGCCGCGGAUCCGGUCAAGUCCCAUGGCAGCAAAGAUAGCUGGGCGAGUAAGGGUGAUGGUUUGCAGAGACGAGCCUCGCAGAAAGAACUGAGGAAAACUUUUGCCAGAUCCAAGGCAAUUAACGCGAACAGGACGUAUGAUGAACAUGUAAAUUCCAGGGCACAGGAGCCUUUGACAAGUAUGAGGAGAAGGGCUUUGUUGCGGAAAGCCAGCUCCCUUCCACCAACUACUGCUCACAUUUUAAGCGCUCUCCUGGAAUCCAGAGUUAACAUACCACAGUACCCAUCGACAGCCGUAGAUUUCAAAUAUUAUCUUAAAGAACACAAUGAAAGGGAGUUUUUCCUGGAGCUAGUCAAAGACAUAUCGAACGACUUGGAUUUAACUAGCCUCAGCUACAAAAUUCUCGUGUUUGUUUGUAUUAUGGUGGACGCAGACCGCUGUUCGUUGUUUUUAGUGGAGGGCACAGCGAACAAGAAGACUUUGGUGUCAAAAUUCUUUGAUGUUCACGCGGGCACUACAGUAUUGCCUUCUUUGAGUAACUCGGAUGAGGUACAGGUGCCAUGGGGAAAAGGAAUUAUUGGAUACGUUGCUGAACACGGAGAGACUGUUAAUAUCCCAGACGCUUAUCAGGACCGUCGCUUCAGCGAUGAGAUUGACAAGCUGACCGGCUACAAGACCAAGUCGCUGCUUUGCAUGCCUAUUCGGAACAGCGACGGGGAGAUCAUUGGUGUUGCUCAGGCAAUCAACAAAGACCCUGGGGGUACACUGUUCACCGAGGAUGAUGAAAAGGUGCUGCAGAUGUACCUGCCUUUCUGCGGGAUUGCCAUCUGCAACGCCCAGCUCUUUGCCGCCUCCAGGAAAGAAUAUGACAGAAGCAGGGCUCUGCUGGAAGUGGUGAACGACCUGUUUGAGGAACAGACGGACCUAGAGAAGAUUGUGAGGAAGAUUAUGCACCGCGCUCAGACACUGCUGAAGUGCGAGCGCUGCUCGGUGCAGCUGCUGGAGGAUAUUGAGUCGCCGGUGGUGAAAUUCACCAAGUCCUUUGAACUGUUGUCUCCUAAAUGCAGUGCAGACACUGAGAUCAGUUUCAAAGACAGCUUGGAGAAAUCGUCUUAUUCUGACUGGCUCAUCAACAACAGUAUCGCUGAGCUUGUAGCCUCUACCGGUCUUCCUGUGAAUAUCAGCGAUGCGUACCAGGACCCACGCUUUGACGCAGAGGCUGAUCAGUUUUCCGGAUUUCACAUCCGCUCUGUGCUUUGUGUGCCUAUUUGGAACAGCAACCACCAGAUAAUUGGUGUGGCGCAAGUGCUGAACAGGCUGGAUGGGAAACCGUUUGACGACGCUGACCAGAGGCUCUUUGAGGCCUUUGUCAUCUUCUGCGGCCUCGGCAUCAACAACACCAUCAUGUAUGACCAAGUGAAGAAGUCGUGGGCGAAGCAGUCUGUGGCGCUGGAUGUCUUGUCAUACCAUGCCACCUGUUCGAAGACAGAGGUAGACAAAUUCAAGGCUGCAAACAUCCCCCUUGUUUGUGAGCUUGGUAUCGAUAAGUUGUCCUUUGACGACUUCUCCCUUGAUGUGGAUGCCAUGAUAACUGCCGCUCUGCGCAUGUUUAUGGAACUGGGCAUGGUGCAGAAAUUCAAGAUCGACUAUGAGACGCUCUGUAGGUGGCUGCUGACUGUGAGGAAGAACUACCGCAUGGUGAAGUAUCACAACUGGAGGCACGCCUUCAAUGUCUGCCAAUGCAUGUUCUCUCUGCUGACUACUGCAGGAUUCCAGGAGACCCUGACUGAAGUGGAGAUUCUGGCGCUGAUCGUGGGCUGCAUCUGCCACGACCUGGACCACCGCGGCACCAACAACGCUUUCCAGGCCAAAACGGGAUCCGCCCUGUCUCUGCUGUAUGGGACAUCAGCCACCCUAGAACACCACCACUUCAACCAUGCCGUCAUGAUACUGCAAAGUGAGGGUCACAACAUCUUUUCCAACCUGUCCUCCAAGGAGUAUGGUGACCUCAUGCAGCUACUGAAACAGUCCAUACUGGCCACUGACCUCACCCUCUACUUUGAGAACCGGAACGCUUUCUUUGAGCUGGUCAGCAACGGGGAAUACAACUGGAAUGUGAAGACCCACAGAGAUAUGUGCAGGUCAAUGUUGAUGACUGCAUGUGACCUUGGAGCUGUAACGAAACCCUGGGAAAUAUCCAGAAAGGUGGCAGAGCUGGUGACCAGCGAGUUCUUUGACCAGGGAGACCGAGAGCGGUCUGAGCUGAAGCUCACCCCUUCUGCUAUCUUUGAUCGGAAUCGGAAAGACGAGCUCCCUGGCCUGCAGCUGGAGUGGAUUGAUGGGAUAUGCGCCCCUCUCUACGAGACUCUGGUAAAACUGAACCCGAAGCUGCAGCCAAUGGUCGACCUGAUCCAGGAGAACAGGGCGAAGUGGGAGGAGCUGAACAGGGUGCGGCAGCGUAGCCAGGAGUCGACCGUGCCCGCCAGCAACGGCACCGCAGACACCGGCAAAGCCGCAGAAAGCAACGGCGGGGCCCCCUGCUGUAGCGGCCCUCCUAAAAACACCAGCUAGCUGGAGCCAGCCCACGUGGGGCUGCCCGAGCAGCCCUUUAGCUUCCACUAACAUGGCCUGCCAUGGCACGCUGUGCAGCGUAUGCAGGGUUUCUGUACUCUGCUCUUAGCUUUUGCUACCCGCGGUGGAAAUUUUUCCCAGUGGGUCGCGUGUUUACACGGACGCCAAGGUUUUUGGGCGAUAUUGUGUUACUGUUAUGCCCCCUCCACUCCCUGCCCCCACCCCCACCCAUUGGGAGUGUGGGCUAGCAGCAUUGGGUUAGUUUGCACACGGGCUUUGGGCAUUUCGUUUUCAGGUGAAAAUUAGAAUUUCGGAGCUGGUAUUUACAGGGAAAACAAAAACAUGAAACAAACCCAGUCUCCUGGCUUUUUCCCAAAAAAAAUACUUUGUUGUCUAGUUCAGUGGCUUUGUAAAAACAGGGCCACUUCACUGUAAGAGAAGAGGAGAUGGUAAAGAGCAGCUAGGAUCAUAGGCCACUCGUCGUCCAAGCUAACUCCCCACAAGGGCAGGGCUGUAGUUACUGGAGUCUCCUCGUGUUGCUUUGAGUAUCCGUCGCAGGAAUGUUACAGGGACUCCUGUUAAUUUUGUAAUGUAUAUAUCUAUUUUUACACAAAUGGAAUAUGCAAGUGCCAUUUCAUAUCAGUUUGUGCUUUCUGGCGUUGGUUGUUGUCAGUGCUGUGGGGAGGUCAGGGGUUGUGGGGUGGACUUGUAACCGGGGGUUUCUUACGGUGCAAAUCAAGAGCAUAGCCCCCUUUGCCCUGUUUGCAUGAAAAAUUUCACCACACAUUAUUAUACAGUAAUAACAUUCUUCACUGAACCAAUGAGAGAUAGCGUGUGGACAUUAGCACGGUGUCCAAGGUUACAUUCCCAUUUUGAAAUUAGCUUUUUUUUUCACUUCUGUAUAAACCCUAUUAAGAGAGAGCAUCAUAAAACAACACUCUCCGGUCUACGGUGUGACUGUGGGGUGGACUACCAGAAGCAACAGUACACUAUCUCCCCCGGCCUGUAAUGGCUAGGACUGUCCCAUUUUCCCAAAUUACUUCUGGCUCUUCCCACAUGCAGCGAUAACUCAUUUUGGGUUCAGGGAGAUUCCCUCUCGGUUGAGAAUGGGGGAUGCCAAGCAUGAUUAUAUUACUCCUGAAUGGCGGCAGUUAUUGAGGUGUAAAUUACAGCGAGGCCUGCUGUCAGCGCAGAUGCCGGAGGAAUUUCAGCGGCCGUUAAGAGAUCCGCCAUUUCCUAACUCAGCGUUGCAGGCAUGUUAAUGCUAUUCCCAAAUGAGCUCGCUGCUGACGCUUAGCUGAUUUUCAGGAAGAAAACAAGUAAAACAUGUUUUAAUUGAUGCUAAUUUUAGGAAGAUUACAGUCAAAGGGAUGAGGUCUGCAAGAUUAUUCACAUCAUUCACAUCCACGUUCAGUUACAAUGUAUUUCCCUCUUUUUAAAAAUCAGCCUUUUUGAUUAGGCAAUCUACUGUUAUGACUCAACAGCAUGAAUAUUGUAUUUGUUUUUACAUUUUGAUCUAGUUUUCCUAAUCAUGUUGACAGCAGGAAUUGGAAGUAAUUAGAUCCCUGUGAUCGUCAUGUGGCAUGAAUAUUUGUGCUCUUUGGGGUCAAAAUUAAAGGUGAAUCACUACAAAAAAAGUAUCUUAACAAGUGUUGAUUUUGUAAUGAGGCUUAAAAACAUAUUUUUUUCUCAAGUAAAUAUUCGCUUGUCUUAAGUUCCAUUUUGCUUGACAAGUGAAAUCUUCUUACCCCAUUGGCAAAUCCUGAAAAGAGUAAAUUUGCCUCACCUCAUAGGCAAUAUUCUUAUUUAGCAAAAAAGUGAUAGAAAUAAGAUUAGACUUAAUAUAGACUAAGAUUAUUUUUGGUUUUUGCAGUGAUUGACCACCAGAAGAUUUAGAUUGCAUGGGGUGUGCGGUUAAACCAACUACUGUUAAGCAUAAAGCAAAUACCAACAAUGAUCAGCACAGGUAAACUAAAACAGUCUGUUAUCUGCAGAUUCAUGUCCAUGAAAACAUUCCUCAGUCAGUUUUACCUUGGAAUGUAACUGCAUGGGGUAUAUUAAUGCAUUGUAAUGGAUGGAGUAUUAAUGCAAAGUUAUUGAUUAUGUUUUCUUGUUUUGUUCUUUCGCAUUGUACGACUGUUGAGUCUGUACGUGUAAUCAUAAUUCUUCUCGAUGCCAUGACUUACUGUAAGUGUUCCUUUUUUCACAGAGGUGAAACAAUGGGUCUUUAUAGGCAUGUUAUCUGGAAUUUGUUGAAUAAAAUCUGUGCUUACAAUUGUA